AAUUCUCAUUUAAUUUUCUCAAUUUCUCAUAUAAUUCUUGUUUUAUGUGAGGAUGGUUGAAAUUAUAGGAGCUUAAACUAGAACAAAUAAAACUUACCUUCAUAUAAUAACUACAUUGGUCCCAAUAAGUCACAAUGGAGAAAUUUUUAAAAGCAGCUAAGACAAUACGAAACAAUUGGAAGAAAUCUGUAUUCGGUGCAAUAGUUCUUUAUUAUGGAGGAGCAACUGCAAAAGAACGAUACGAAAUAAACAUAUUGAUGCGAGCAGCAUGCAAAGAAGCUGUAAAAUAUGGUAAUGCCAUGAUAGAAUAUGACAGAAACCCAACACUUAUUACAGUAGUACUCAAUCCUGUAGCUAAUAAACGAAAGGCGAAAAAGGAUUUCGAAAAAUACUGUGAACCAAUACUGCAUUUGGCUGGUCUUCAAGUAGAUGUUGUACAAACAACCUCUGAGGGUAGUGCUAAGGAAAUAGUUGAAAAUUUAAAAGGUACAGAAGCUAUUAUUGUUGCCGGUGGAGAUGGUACACUAUCUGAAACGAUAACAGGUUUACUAAGAAGAAAUGACAAUGCAAACCAGUUUCCACUGGGAAUCUUACCAUUGGGCAAAACAAACAGCCUUGCAAAUUAUCUGUUCCCUGGAGGUAACGGUGUGGAAAAAGUCAGACAGUUAAUAACUGCCUGUAUGGCGAUUGUCAAAGGAAAUACUAUGUGGCAGGAUGCAAUGAAGAUAGAGCCUAUAGCACAAGAUGAGGAAGCACCUAGCCGACCCAUUUACGCCAUGACAUCAAUAGACUGGGGAGCAUUUAGAGACACAGAAGCCAGAAGCGAUAAAUACUGGGUCUACGGACCAUUCCGUGAAUACAUGUCGUACAUUUUUAACGGUUACAAAGAUUCUUUAACAUGGACGUGCAAAGGAGUCGUAAAAUAUACCCCACCAUGUGCAGGUUGCAGUAAUUGUAUGUACAAGAAACAGGAAAUUAAACGAAAAUGGUCCUUUUUUGUGCCUAGUACACAAGCCGCACCUGAAACAGAUAGAACUAAACUUGUUAAUCCGGAAUGUUCUAUGGUUAACGAACUGUGUUUCAAAACAACGGAAUUACAAAUUCAGCCUAAGGCUGAGAGUAUCCUACCAGCUUUAACGGUAGGAUUGGGUAGGAACCAAUAUUCUUAUACCGAAUUUGUGUCAGAAGGUUGGAGGCGGAUAAAAGGCGAAUCUAAAAUUAACGAAGUUAUAGAAGCAAGGACAAUUGAGUUGUGGCCUGAAAGUCCUAAAACAGAAGAAGUUUUUGAAAUAGAUAAAGAAGAGUUUGAUGUGAAACCUAUGAAAGUGACUAUAUUACCAAAAAUUGUUAAACUGUUCUAUGAACCUAAAUUACAAUAUUAAAAAAAUAUA